AUGACAUCCAACACUGCGCUUCCUCCUAGUGACGCGGUGCACAGCGUCGCGCUCAUGGUCGACGAUGACAAAGUGCAGGCGGCGGCGCAACGCGAGGGCUUGCAGCUCACGUAUAUUUCGUGGGAAGACUGCGCCCGCUUUCAGAACAGUUGCUGGGGCCCGUGCAUCUCGGACAUGACGCUCGUCGUCCAAGACACGUGGAUGCCCGUGCUCCGGGCGCCCAACUUUCAAGAUCCUAUCAUGAGCAUCCCGACGCGCCAGAUCAUGCUGACGGUCGGGAACGAGUCGCCGUACACGGACGCACCGUUGACCAAGAUCUCGCUCCAAGAGUACCUCGAGACGAUCGCCAAGUACACGGAGCUUGAGCACAGCUUGUACGCACCAGAGCACGACGACCAAGCGGUCGUGAGCACGCAAGCGUGUUUCUUGCCGAUUGAGAAGGAGGCCGAGACCAAGACCGAGUUCCACGUUGGCUUGUUCAACUACCAGUCGCGGGAGGAUGACCCGGCCGUGCUCGUCUUGGUCUGCACGGACGCUGGCACAAGGUACAUUGACAUCUCUGAACCUUUUGCGCAAGUCGUGAGGCGGCGCGACACGGCCCUCUUUUGCAACCAUCACGGUAUGAAGCACUCGUUUGCGGCAGAGCGCUUGUCCCAAGACCGCGCCAAGCGAGGGGUCGACGCCGCCGAGGACGCCAUGACGGCAGACGAAGAAGCACGCAACUACGUCAUGAUUGUCCAGAUCCCGCUGCAACAAAAGCCGAAGCCCAUGCCCGCGAUCAUCAGCAUCAGCGACGACGCCAAAGGCCCGUACCCCAAGCUGAGCCGCUUUAGCCACGUGCAGCGAGACACGCGGUUCCCAGUCCGCGUCACAGUGCAGUUUUACCAAGCGACAAGCAACGGCGUCGUAACACCCGACGUCGUCCGGGGGCUGGCCACCAAGAUGGCGUCGGUCAAGACCAAUGCAACGUGGUGGGGGUCUCUCGUCACGCCCCGCCAUCGCAUUCCGUACCCGCCAACGAACAAAGGUGCCAUGCAGUGCGCGCUGCCAAAGGACAAGGAGGUCCCGGGGACCGCCACCAAGCGCACAUUGUGGCAGCGCAUGGCCGACUUGUUCUAA